GCAGAAUACCUGAGAAGCAGUGAGAGGUCAGGCGUUCUCUACGCUGCUCAGACGCACAGAUCGGCGGCGUGGACUCCACUGCCCGCGCUCCGCAGGUCGGCUGUUUCAGAGCCUGUGUUAACGCAAAGAGAUGCUAUCGGUAACGCGCGGGCGUGUUCAGACCACAGAAGAAGGGAGCGCAAGCCUACAUGAAAGAGUGAGUAGAAGGGGAGGAGAGAUGGAGGGAGGCUUCGCGUGCUGAAGAGUGGGUAGUGCUUAUCUGCCCUUGCCUACCCCUCAACCCCGCUCUGUCACUCUCUUAAUUCCGCUUAUUGAGAUGGAAGGCAACAGAAUGCUUUGACUGCAAAACACCAUUGAACUGCAUCUGGAGAGCUUACCCAAGGGAAGGACUGAUUUUUAGAAAGUACUCUGCAGUACCUCUCCCUCUCUCUCUCUCUCUCUCUCUCUCUCUCUCUGUCAUUUUCUUCCGCAUUCAUUCAAACCAUCACUCACUUCUUCGUGGAUCGAGAGAAAAAAGGCACACAGACAUCUGAAUGCGGAUGGAUUUCUAAACCGCGCUUGUGAGAGAGCCUGCCCUCUGUGCGGAGUCCCUGGGAUUCCUCUGGCGGAUGGUGGCACGCGACGCAGCGCAGGCGUGCCUGAGGACAUGUUGGCUCUCUGAGCGGAGCGGCUGAAGUGUGUGCCCCUGGGCUCCCCGCCUCACAGCCUGGCAGAGAGGCCCGCCGGCCUCACAGACGGGUCGGGCACAGGCACCCUGAGCGAUGGCAGCGGCGGGAAGCGGGGGAGGGGCAGGCAGGAGCCCCAGGCUGGGCUUCGCAAAGUCCCCCUCGCAGGGGGGCGCGCAGGCCCCCAGCAGCGCCGACCGCCGGCUCCUGGAGAAGACCCUGAAGAGGCUGGCCAAGCUGUACAGGCAAUGCGACAACCCCCGCCUCGCCCUCAAAAACAGCCCCCCCUACCUCCCCGACCUGGUGGCCGAGACCUCCGCCCUGCUCACGGACGUGUGGGAGCCCUACAGGGGCUCGGGGGGCCGCGUGCCGAAGGGCGACGAGGGGGUCUACCUUAAGGUCCACAUCAGACACCUGCUGGACAAGACGGAGAGGGCAGUGCUCCUUUUUAAGGAGGGCAGGGACAGGAUGUUCGACGAGGCCUCCAGCCACAGGAAGAACCUGACCAAGCUGUCUCUGCUGUUCAGCCAUAUGCUAUGUGAGCUGAGGAUUUUGUUUCCGGGGGGCAAGUUUCAAGGCGACACAUUCAGGUUCACAAAACCACAGGCCGGGGAGUUCUGGAAGAAAGCUUUUGGAGAGAGGUGUAUCGUACCCUGGAGCUCUUUCAGACAGCAGUUGAAGCGUGUUCACAGCUUUGAGGAAGGCAUGGAGGCAAUGGCCCUGAAGUCCACGGUAGACCUCACCUGCAACGACCACGUUUCAGUCUUCGAGUUCGACAUCUUCACCAGGCUCUUCCAGCCUUGGGCAACCCUGCUGCGCAACUGGAACCAGCUGGCCGUGACCCACCCUGGCUACAUGGCCUUCCUUACCUACGACCAGGUCACCGCUCGCCUGGGGAACUACCUGCAUCGGCCUGGGAGCUACAUCUUUCGGCUGAGCUGCACCCACAUGGGCCAGUGGGCCAUCGGGCACGUGGCAGGAAACGGAGCGAUUGUGCAAACCAUCCCACAGAAUGCACCGCUGUACCAAGCGCUCAUCAAGGGCUUCAGAGAGGGCUGCUACCUGUAUCCAGAUUCCCGUGACGUCAACCCGGACUUGACCAGCCUGUGCAGCUCUGUGCAGAAGGGAAAGAUCAAAGUGACUGAGGAGCAGUAUGAGCUGUACUGUGAGAUGGGCAGCACCUUCCAGCUGUGUAAGAUCUGCACUGAGCGGGACAAGGACACCAGGAUUCAGCCCUGCGGACACCUGCUCUGCCGGCCCUGUCUCACCGGCUGGCAGAAAUCUGACGGACACACGUGCCCGUACUGUCGCUGUGACAUCCGGGGCACUGAACCCAUCGUCAUCGAGCCCUUCAUGUUGGCGAGGAAGAGCGAGGUGCUGGACGAGGACGCCGAACACGAGGAAGAGGAGGAUGAUGACUUGGAAGACGUGCAGCUGCUGAUGAAAGAACUGGCCUCCGCCAAGAUGUUGGGGGCAGAGAACCCGCUCCCCCCGCCCAGUCUUGCCCCUCCACCCCUACCCCCAAAACGCGACACCUCCCCCUGCAGCUCUCCUCGCCCCCCCCUCCGGCCCUCCGUAUCCGAUAUCCUGGCCAAGUACUCCCACUCACGGCCCGACCAUGGCAGUUCCCAUGGACAGACAGACAGACAGCUCCACAGACAAUCUGCUAUGGCCAGCAGUGAAGAAGCUGUAGCUGAACACAGCAGGCCUCCAUCCUCACAGGCAGCCAGAGACAGCGGGGUGAUGUGGGCCACACCGCCGGUCCAGACGCGAAAUGGACAGACUGAGACAGCGGGGAGGACACAGAAAGACAGACACGGCUGGAGAGAGAUGGAAAGGUCCAUGUCCUCAUGAUGUCAUUAUGACAUCACCCAGGACACCAGACAGAGGUCUUGACAUCACACCCAAAGGACGACUCCUUUCAACAGAGGAGCUGCGGAGAACUGAAGCAAACUUUAGCAUCUCCUGUGUCACACACGGAGCCUUAUUUGGAACGAGACUCCUACACAUGUAUUUAAUGCUGUAUUUAAAAAAUAACUGACAAUGGGGCAAUUCCUUGGUUAUUGGUUCGGUUAGGUGUAGUGCAGAGAUCACCAAAUCAAGGUCCUCUUGGUUUUCCACCCACCAUUUACCUGGGAGUCAGGUGUGAAGACAGUCUGGCCAACCAACUAUGGCUGGAUUUGGAUUUGAGGGCCAGAUUUGGUGAUCCCUGGUGAAGGGACAGAUUUAUUUGAAUAAUGUCCUUCUGCUAGGAUGCUAGUUCCGUUAAAUGUGCUUGUAUUCCCCUUAAUAUAAAUGAAGGGAAAAAGAAA